AUUCGUUCAAAUGUUAGCUUGUUGACAACUCAGCGCCUAAUCGCAGAAUCCCUCACCAUUCCCCGAAGCAGGCCUUCCGGAGGAAUCGCGCUAGCUAAGUGUUGAUGGAGAAGAGUGAAACCGGAUCCAGUUUGCGGAUAUCCGUGCGGGUCGAGCCGACUGACCCCAGAUAUUCAUAAUAUAAAGGAACGGUCGCCCAGUCGGGUUGGUAGUCAUGGUUUGAGAAACAGCUCCUAUACGACGAUGACUUCCGGUUCUCAGGCUGGCCCGAGACCGGGGGCGGCUGCUGUGCCCUUGCUGGGAGAAGAUAUCGAGGCCCAAAGCGUCAUUUCUGCGACAGAUUCUGCGAUUGGUGACAGUGAUACUUUAUCCGAUACUACUUCACUCGCAUCCAGUGUGGUUGAUUACGUAUACGAGAAUGGACGUCGAUACCACCGAUAUCGCGAAGGAGAAUAUCUCUAUCCGAAUGACGAGACCGAGCAAGAUCGCCUGGAUAUGUUGCAUCACAUCUUUCUUCUGAUGCUCGACGGCGGUCUGUACAAAGCUCCGCUCUCUCGAUCUCCGAGGCGCAUUCUUGAUUAUGGAACUGGAACGGGCAUCUAUGCCCUCGACAUCGCCGAUGAAUUUCCAGGCGCUGAAGUCAUCGGCAUCGAUUUGAGUCCUAUCCAACCGACAUGGAUUGCCCCCAACCUCCAAUUCGUUGUUGAUGAUGUAGAGGCCACUUGGACAUACGAAGAGGGCCAAAAAUUCGACUAUAUCCAUCAACGCAAUAUGGUAGGCAGUAUCGGUGACUGGGACCGACUGUUCGAACAAGCUAUCUCGCACACCACGCCCGCAGGCUACAUCGAGCUGCAGGAGUUUAAUGUGUGGUUCCAAACCCAGCGCGGAGAGCUGCAAGACGACUCGCAUAUCCAACGGUGGCAGCGGGCUUUAGUAGAUGGAACCAAAUCUUUUGGCAAGCCAUUGCGGGUCGUGGCAGAACUGGCAGACAAAGUAAGAUCCGCAGGCUACGUGGAUGUGAAGGAGGAUAUUCUUAAGGUUCCCAUCGGUACAUGGCCCUCAGAUCCCAAACUUCGUAAAAUCGGUCAAUAUAUGCAUAGCCAUGUCCUCGACUCGAUUGAGCCCCUCACGCUAGCGCUUUUUACUCGUGUCUUAGGCUGGACAGAGCUGGAAUGCCAGGUUCUCAUCGCCAAAGUGAAGGAGGAGUUCAAAAAUCCCGACCAGCAGUUCUUUAUAUACACCCAUUUCAUCUAUGGCAAAAAGCCCGAGGCCUGAAAUUGCAGGAAUUGCGAACUGGGCCCGUUAGCUAAUUGUCUGAAAUAAGUCAACUCGCAAUCCGCCAUCCUAGCAUAUAAAUCCAUCCUUCACCUCCAAAUGCAGACAGUCUCUUCACAACGUUGAAUAGAAUGAGUAAAACCCCCUCAUUGCACAAAGUAUAUGGUUGAUGACAAAGCUUUUCGAUGUCAGCCGCAUCCGAGAUUAGUAUAUACCGACAAGGAAAGGCUACGAGAUAUUAGGGGUUAGGUUAGAUAUGGAAAGGUGUCGAUCUCGUAAAUCAAAGGCGCUUUGGUG